AUCAUGGAACAUCUCUGCGAAAAAGAUAUGAUCACCUGCCCGUACAACCGGGAGCAUGUGAUGCUGCGCAAAAAGUAUCAGCAGCACAUUUUGAAAUGUCGUGAGAUCUACAAAGACAAGGUGGAGCUUCUUGAGUGUCCCUUCAACAAGGGGCACCUGGUACCAAAAUUGGAGUUCCACCAACAUUUCAAAUCCUGUGAUGAUCGCAAAAUAAUUGUGCAACAUCUAAACAGCGAGGAACCGGAUGUGCGCCCCGACACAAGACAUGAGAAAAUUGAAGCCGACGAGAACUGGGACGAUGAUCGGGUGGAGGACUACAAUCCGCAGGUGUAUUGUGCUCAGGCAAAUAUCAUACGCGAACCGCGCGGCCUGUUCCCGGCCCAGCGCAAGGCAUUCGUCAAGGAGGAGGAACGUCGUCGUCGCGGCGAUGCUGAACAGCCGGGCACGUCCAAUUCCCCGGCUGAAAAUCGUCCAACGCCGCACCACCACAAGGAGCGGCUGCAUUCGAAACGCUCUUCGAAAUAAAUGAAGUAUUUUUUUGUAUACUCAACACCAACACC